GACGACAUUACGGAAACUACAGUCUCUCAAGUGAUGGUAAAUGAAAUUGUCGAACACAAACGUCGACGAAAAGGUAAAAUACAUUUAAUCAGUAUGAAAUGUAGCCAUGUUAUUAAAGUACUUGCUUGCGUGUUGAGAACUAACUACUACUGGCUAAUUCACGUCGUUAGCUGGCUAGCUAGUUCAGAAAACAUCCGCACGGUCCGUUUAUUGCUAGCCCGUAGUUAAUUAGCAGAUAUCAGACGAACUAAGGAGUGUUGUCUGGCUAUUUACAUAACUAGUUGUCGAAUAAAAAGUGUGUAGUUCGCUAUUUCGUUUCGGUCGCAGUCGUGUUAUAAAACGAGCUUCCAAACUGCUAUAACUAGGACUGCAGCUAACUACCUAACGUUAGUAGCUAGCUAGCCUACGUUACUGUACAGCGAGUUACACUCCCGAAACAAACAGUGGGGUUUUACUUCAGUCUAACGUUAGUUAGCGAACUAGCGAUGUUAAUUCCAUCAAUUUUUAAAUUGGGAGAUAGGAUGCUGAGUUAGGCCUACUUCUACCAAACUAGCUAACACAUACAUAGUUAACGUUAGCUAACAAAAUUUUUGUUUGUUAAGCUGUCAACAUUGAUAUCCAUACUAAGUUUUCCUCUACUACUGUACUGAAUAACACUUGUCCCUGCCCUAGCCCAGGGAUUCCCUAACUCGGACCAGGGGCCGCCCUGGGUGCACGUUUUGGUUUUUGCCCUAACACUACACAGCUGAUUCAAAUAAUCAAAGCUUGCUGAUGAGUUGGUUAUUUGAAUCAGCUGUGUAGCGCUAGGGCAAAAACCAAAAUGUGCACCCGUUUGCGAAACCCUGUCCUAGCACAAUAAUGGACUAAAUCAGGGUUUCCCAACCCUCUCCUUGGCCCCCCACAGAUGUUUCACAUUUUAGUUUUAACCCUACAUUGGCACACCUGAUUCAAUUAGUCAAAGGCUUGAUGAUUAGUUCACUAAUUGAAUCAGGUGUGGCAGUUUAGAGUUAAAACAGAGAGGAAGAGAGGCCCAACUCUGUGGAAAAUCUGUCUCCCUCAAGCAGGUGCUGGGUUUGUUGUUUGUUCACCAAGCGAGGAGUUUUCACCAAGUGAAUGAGUGUUGAAUUUGGUCAACCAAAAAUUUAUGGUUUAUUUGAUCAGAAGUUUUGUAACGCUUAAGUUAAGAGUGUACUGAUAAGUAGGACAUAUGACUUCCCAACAAGUUGUCUUGAGAUGGCUAUGCAUAUUCAGGGAAUAAGUCAGUUUUAACACAGUUGCAGUCAACAGUAUUUUUCAGUGACAACACUUUAACAAAACUUCCCCGGCCAGAAUAUACUAUUGUCAGUAAGCACUAAAUGUAGUUAGCUUCUAUGCAUGGGCUACCCCUGCCCUAGUGUUGAUGUCCUCGGAAAAUAACUUUGAACUGGUCUAACAACCCAGAAAUGACAACCUGAGUCUUUCCCUUUUUGAUAUAGUCUAGCUUAUUCUGCUUUUAGCUAAAUUCUCCCAUCUUAAUUUACAAGCUUGACAAAAUGUGGGUUCAAAUGGCCUCCGUCCACACCGUCAUAAACAACACAAUUUGUGUGAAUUCGUGUCACGACAAGUCUGUGUGUGCUGUAACAUUAGUCAGGUUAUAGUCCUAUUCUUUCCUAACAGAGAAAAAGGCGUCAAUACUCGGCAAAAUAUGCAUUGUCCACGAUAGCUUUGGCAUUUUUUACAACUUUAGUUGAUUCAUACGCUACAUGGAGUUGUCCUUGUGUUCUGUGGUUAGACUAGCCUAUCAUUAGCAGGAUCAUAGUGUCACAUGGAUAUGGUAAAAAAACGUACCGGCCGCCUCUCCAGUGUCAGUGUCAUUAACAGCACAAUGUUAUAUAGGGCUGGUGCAGUGAUUGGCUGGAGUUCUGAUAUGAACAGUGUGCCAAUGAAGGGUGUGUACCAGUGCAUUACUUUGAGGGCUGUUGAAUAUGAGAACUGGUCUGUUGUUGUGAAAUCUCGCUACUGCCUUUUGAAUACCACACUGCAGUGGCCAUCUCUCCCUCUUCUGUGUGUUCAGCUACCUUCUCUACUCCUGUGUCUCCUCAGGCUGCAGGUCCUAAUGUGGAGGCGGAGAAGAACUUGCGUUGAUCACGUGCCUGUGUUGCUAUGGGUUCACCCCCCUUGUUCCUGUUCCUCCUGGGCCUGACCUCUAUGCUCCGCCUGACUGUUCAUACCCUCCACACAUCCGCCCCUCCCCCGUCUCCUCCCCCCUCCUGUGGGCCGGGCCAGUCCUGGGCCGUCCGGCUGCACGCAGACUCAGAGCUGCUAGGGACUGAAGGCUCCACCCUGCACGAGCUGGCCAGCAGGGUGGCUGAGCAGGCAGGCCUGGAGAACAGGGGCCAGAUAGGGCAGCUGGAGGGCCACUACCUGCUCUGUGCUGGGCCCGAGGAGGAGGGCAGGCCGGGGGACGUGCUGGAAGCCCACCCUCAUGUGCUCUGGCACUCCCAGGAGCAGGUCCUCCACCGCUCCAAGAGGGCAAUGGCCUUCAACGACCCCAGAUACCCCUUACAGUGGCACCUGGUGAGACUUACUGCACACUUAAGCCUAUAGAAUAUUCAGAUAUGUAAGAAUGCACAGUACUUUUUUAACUGAGUCAGCUACAGUGAGGGAAAAAAGUAUUUGAUCCCCUGCUGAUUUUGUACGUUUGCCCACUGACAAAGAAAUUAUCAGUCUAUAUUUUAAUGGUAGGUUUAUUUGAACAGUGAGAGACAGAAUAACAACCAAAAAAUCCAGAAAAACGCAUGUCAAAAAUGUUAUAAAUUGAUUUGCAUUUUAAAGAACUGUCAAUCUCCCUCGGCCUGGGGCUCCAUGCAAGAUCUCACCUCGUGGGGUUGCAAUGAUCAUGAGAACGGUGAGGAAUCAGCCCAGAACUACACGGGAGGAUCUUGUCAAUGAUCUCAAGGCAGCUGGGACCAUAGUCACCAAGAAAACAGUUGGUAACACACUACGCCGUGAAGGACUGAAAUCCUGCAGCGCCCGCAAGGUCCCCCUGCUCAAGAGAGCACAUAUACAGGCCCGUCUGAAGUUUGCCAAUGAACAUCUGAAUGAUUCAGAGGAGAACUGGGUGAAAGUGUUGUGGUUAGAUGAGACCAAAAUCGAGCUCUUUGGCAUCAACUCAACUUGCCGUGUUUGGAGAGGAGGAAUGCUGCCUAUGACCCCAAGAACACCAUCCCCACCGUCAAACAUGGAGGUGGAAACUUAUGCUUGGGGUGUUUUUCUUACAUUUACAUUUAAGGUCAUUUAGCAACGCUCUUAUCCAGAGCGACUUACAGUUAGUGAAUACAUAUAAUUUUUUAUAACUGGCCCCCCGUGGGAAUCAACCCACAACCCCUGGCGUUGCAAACGCCAUGCUCUAUCAACUGAGCUACAUCCGCCGGCCAUUCCCUCCCCUACACCUGGCGAACGCUGGGUCCAAUUGUGCCCGACCAUGAGUUCUCCCGGUCGCGCCGGCUGGACAGAGCCUGGAUUCGAACCAGGAUCUCUAGUGGCACAGCUAGCACUGCGAUGCAGUGCCUUAGACCACUGCGCCCUUCUUCUAAGGGGACAGGACAACUUCACCGCAUCAAAGGGACGAUGGACGCCGCCAUGUACCGUCAAAUCUUGGGUGAGAACCUCCUUCCAUCAGCCAGGGCAUUGAAAAUGGGUUGUGGAUGGGUAUUCCAGCAUGACAAUGACCCAAAACACACGGCCAAGGCAACAAAGGAGUGGCUCAAGAAGAAGCACAUUAAGGUCCUGGAGUGGCCUAGCCAGUCUCCAGACCUUAAUCCCAUAGAAAAUAUGUGGAGGGAGCUGAAGGUUCGAGUUGCCAAACGUCAGGCUCGAAACCUUAAUGACUUGGAGAAGAUCUGCAAAGAGGAGUGGGACAAAAUCCCUCCUGAGAUGUGUGCAAACCUGGUGGCCAACUACAAGAAACGUCUGACCUCUGUGAUUGCCAACAAGGGUUUUCCCACCAAGUACUAAGUCAUGUUUUGCAGUGGGGUCAAAUACUUAUUUCCCUCAUUAAAAUGCAAAUCACUUUAUAACAUUUUUGACAUGCGUUUUUCUGGAUUUUUGUUUUGUUAUUCUGUCUCACUGUUCAAAUAAACCUAGCAUUAAAAUUAUAGACUGAUCAUGUCUUUGUCAGUGGGCAAACGUACAAAAUCAGCAGGGGAUCAAAUACUUUUUUCCCUCACUGUAUAUGCUACGUUUAUUUUCAUUCCUCAUUUGUGAACAAUGUUUUUCGACCAUGGUCACUUCCCCGCUCUUCUCCUCCUCCAUCCACUCUUUCUACCUCCUCCUCUCCACCCAACCACAGCACAACGAUGUCAGGGAGGGCAUGGACAUCAAUGUGACUGGUGUAUGGGAGCGCAACAUCACAGGGGUAGGGGUGACCGUGGUGGUCGUGGACGAUGGGGUUCAGCACACCCUCCAGGACAUUCAGUCAAACUAUGUGAGUUUCAUGCUGGCCACGUCUAGGCCUAUUUCCUUUUAAGCAUGUUGCUAUUAAAAGGCAUAGGCUGACGCACACCCCAAAAUCUUUUGUAGAGGUUCUGACUAACUGAGCGUAAACUAUAAAAAGAAAGUAAGUUGCACACUCUUAUGUUCCCAAAUAUUUCAUGGGUAUUGCAACCAACGUUCCGGCACGCAGUGCUUUCUUCAGGGUUAGGGUUCAGUGCCGAAAUGUUGCUAUACCCAUAAAAUAUUUGGGAGCAUAAUUAGGGACUUUGUUUCUUUUUAAAGCUUUUUACAAUUGUCAUCAUGUAGUAUGUUAUUUUCCAAAUUCACAUUCUCACAUGCUUUAUUCUUCCCAAAUACAAAUGUUCUCGUGCUUCAUUCUGUCCCUUUAGAGUCCAGAGGGCAGUUAUGACUUGAACUCCAACGACCCGGACCCCAUGCCCCACCCGGACGCCCACAGUGACAACCACCACGGCACACGCUGCGCCGGGGAGAUCGCUGCCGUCUCCAACAACAGCUUCUGCGCUGUGGGCGUGGCCUAUGGCAGUAAAGUGGCGGGUACGUUGUGUGUUUGGAAAGCUUGGUUAUUUUAGUCAUUAGUGGACACCAUAGCAAAUAGUUUUGCACGGAAAAUGAAAUGUAGUAUUGCUUUUUGGACACGUUCAGGUAGUCCCUCCCUAUUUGUCAGUUUUAUUCUGUUUGGUUGUCUAGGGGGGAAAUCAGACCCAAGUUACGCGCGCAUAAAUUGAACUUUAUGCACUCUUCUCUCAACAAGUAUUCUGAUUUUGAACAUGAGCAUUAGGAAACGCAUGUGACAGCCAGCUAAACGUUUGGGGUGGAUAUCAUAGAAAUUGAGGUGGCGGAGAUGUACGCCGUAUUCUGACCUUGACUUAAUUCCCUCAUAAUUCCAGCACCUUUACGUGCAAGGAAACCAUGACUAAUGUCGAGCACCUGUCGGUUCCAAGUGGAAAAACAUCUACAAUUUCCAAUAGAAAUAACACCAUUCUCCAUGCAUAGUAAUGUCUAAUUGAUAAGAGCUAGGUAAAUGAGUAUUCGUUUGGAGAAGGGGACUGUAAUUACAAAUAGCAAUUGUUUUAGAUGAUUUUUCCUUAUGAUCGCUAGAGACGAAUGUGAAACCAGUCAUGGAAGCAAACUGAAAAUAAUAUCAACAUGACGUAUUUCGGCCCCUUUUCCUCAGUGAAGUAAGCUAUAAAUAGCUGUGCCGUUAAUCAGAAUUUAUUCUAUGUCCUAUAGACCCAAGCUAUAUGCUUCUGUAGCAUCAAACCUACUGAGUUGAUUGAUGCGCUCUAGAAUGUUUUAAUUAUAUGCCCGGGCUUUUCUCCAUGUACAUUUUUUUUUUGUCUCAUGCUUAAUAUUAGCCACUAUUGGUAGCCACCGUCAGUAAUUCCCACAUACAUUUAUAACUGUAACUUUAGUGUUCGUUUCCUUCAAUUUGUAGCCUACAUUUUGCAUCAUUCCAUUCUGUUUACCUUUCUUUCCUCUGUCACGUCCGUGUAGUUGUUUCUGAGGAUUGCUAGCAAUAGUGGAACAUUUAAGGCUAACUAAUUUGGGACAUGGUAGCCUAUUUCAGGGUUUCCCAAAAUCGGUCCUCAGGACCCCAAGGGGUGCACGUUUUGUUUUUUACCCUAGCGCUACACAGCUGAUUAAAAUGAUCAAAGCUUGAUGAUUAUUUGAAUCAUCUUUGUAGUGCUAGGUCAAAAAACAAAACGUUGUACCCCUUGGGGUCCCGAGGACCGAGUUUGGGAAACCCUGGCCUAUUUGAAUCAUUAUGGAACUCAUACCACACUUAGCAGUUUGAGCCUGGUGCACAUUUCACGACCACUGGAUCGUUGUCAUACAGUUCCAUGAUUAGUUGAUUUAUAGGACUAUUUUUCAACCCCUAUUGUACACUUUUCUCACCUUCCAAUAUUUUAUGAAUUGAACAAUUGAAUAUGGCAACUUUCAGUAUGAAUCAAACCACUGUAUUUUUCAUUAAUAUAUUUUGUGUGUAAAGGCUCUCCAAACCUGUUUUUUAUGAUUCAUUCCCUUUCCUAACCCUAAAUUAUCUACAAGAUUAGAGUAUUUUAAAAUCUACCAAUUGUUGUUGAAACGGAGACAAAUAUGCAUUUAUUUAGAUGUUUUUAUUUUAUUGAUCCCUAAUAUUCUGAACCCGUUCGCUAUAUAUUAUAUUGUCUGUCGAGAAAAUUCAAAUUAAAGGUACACCAUAUUUAAAGGGAGGGCUAGAUAAAUGUGCUGAAAACCCCAUUGAAUGACAACUCCAUGAGGAAAUCUGUUGGCCAGCAAGUGGGAAGGUUUUCAGCAGUUGAAUUAAAUGUAUUCAGUGCGCAUAAGGGAGCCACUCCCAAAGAGCUCGUUGUGCAUCUGCAUAAGGUACGUCUGAAUACCAAAUACUGAGAAGUGCUUAAAUCAAAACGUGUAGGAAAGGUAUACAUUUCCUAAGUCUGAAUCGGGCCCCUAGUGAAUACAACCCUGGUCUGGUCAGGUGCUGAGGAAAAUCUCAUGGCCCUAGUUAUGUAGAUUGUGCUAUGAGAUUCUUAUAUUUUGAAAUCCUCGUCAUAUUUUGUCUGUUCAGGUAUCAGAGUCCUGGAUGGGCCGCUCACAGACAGUAUGGAGGCAGUGGCUUUCAACAAGCACUACCAGAUCAACGAUGUCUACAGCUGCAGGUACAACCGUGUACAGCUCAGCCUCACCUGACUCUGAACAUGCUUGGUUUGCUUAUAGUCUCAGCAUAAAGCAAACUACUAACAGGAAUAUACAGCCAACCACAGCUCUAAGCAUGGUUAUAAAGAUAUGCCCUUCUCUCUCUCUCUAGAUUUUUCCUCCGCUGCUCUUCAGUGGCUGUAGGAAAAAAUGUGUCUGACUCAACUGUGCUCUCCUCUUCCCUCUCCUCCUCCUCCUCAGUUGGGGUCCUGAUGAUGAUGGCCGCACUGUCGAUGGACCACACCCCUUGGGCAAGGUUAGCAUGGAUACAACAUACGUUACUACACACAACCCAUUUCUAACACGUAUUGCCAGCCCUAGUCUCCUUAUAGAAAUGCAUUAUGAGAACGCAUUUCUGCACCACUCUCCUGUACCAGCAGAGGGAAGUAUACUGUUGCACUCUACAGGGCACAGUUUGUGUGAGUGUCUUAUGAGACCAAGAAAAGAGAAGGCCCAUCCCUUACACACGUACAUGCACAUACACACACACUCUGACUCGAGACAGAGUGUCUGGCUUUUUCUGAUCAUGUUCGUUGCCUAGGUGUGCCUCACUUCCUGAAUGGCUUUGGCAGGCACUGUGGAAACGAAUCAGAACUACCAAAUCCCCUCAGCCAGUCCUCAUGGUCUAAUAGAAAUUCAUGCUAGCUGCGGCUUCCAGCUUUUCACAAACCUAUGAAUGGAGGUAUACAUACAGGAUAGGAUUAUAAUGACAUACACUGAGUAUACCAAACAUUAGAAACACCUUCCAUGGACGCUACAAGGUGUCAGAAGCAUUCCACAGGGAUGCUGGCCCAUGUUGACUCCAAUGCUUCCCACAGUUGUCAAGUUGGCUGGAUGUCCUUUGGGUGGUGGACCGUUUUUGAUACAAACGGGAAACUGUUGAGCGUGAAAAACCCAGCAGCAUUGCAGUUUUUGACACAAACCGGUGUGCCUGGCACCUACUACCAUACCCUGUUCAAAGGCACUUACAUCUUUUGUCUUGCCCAUUCACCCCCUGAAUGGCACACAUGCACAAUCCAUGUCUCAAGGCUUAAAAAUCAUUCUUUAACCUGUCUCCUCCCCUUCAUCUACACUGAUUGAAGUGGGGAUUUAACAAGUGACAUCAAUAAAGGAUCAUAGCUUUCACCUGGUCAGUCUGUCAUGGAAAGAGCAAGUGUUCUUAAUGUUUUGUAUACUUAAUAUUGAAUAUUCAGUUAUGACUAGCCCUGUGAAUGCUGCUCACCAAUGAGGAGCCUUGUUAACCAUUUUAAAUGUUGCUAUAUACUCUGGUUGGCUGUAUUAGUCUACAAGAAGUUAUUAGGCGUGACUAACUGAAGUGAAUGUUUCCUUGUUUUGCCUAUAGGCGGCGCUGCAGCACGGCGUGAUUGCUGGCAGAAGGGGCUUCGGCAGUAUCUUUGUCGUCGCCAGUGGCAACGGGGGCCAGUACGAGGACAACUGCAACUACGAUGGCUAUGCUAACUCAAUCUACACUAUUACCAUUGGUAAGUGAAUAAGAGCAAUGUUGUCUAUCUCUGUGUCUGUGUGUUGUGUGUUUCUAAUCGUGUGUAUGUGUGUCUCUUGUAGGAGCAGUAAAUGAGGAAGGGAAGAUGCCCUUCUAUGCUGAGGAGUGUGCCUCCAUGCUGGCUGUCACCUUCAGCAGUGGGGGCAAAACGCUGCGUAGUAUCGUGAGUCUGUACUGAUAGUAACACACACCAUUUAGAGGGCGUUUUCACACAUAGUUCUGAGCUAUAGCUCGAUUCAGAGUUUGAUUAUUUGUUCCGUUGUAUUUUUUCCAUUUGGUCCGUUUGGUUUCACAUGACCAAAUGUCAAACAAACUAAAAUGCCUAAACAACCAUGUGUUCAUGCAAGUCAUUAGUUUAUUGGAGAAAAAUGCCCAUGUUAAAUCCAUCUAUGAUUAUCAAGAAGCAUAACUUGUAUGUCCCAAACUUCAUAUUACUUUCGCUUUGGUCUUCCAACAACAUGCGGGAGUAAACUGCGCAAUAACCGCUCUAACACCGACGUGAAUAGGCUAUAUUCCAUAGCCUAUAUCCCAGCCCCCCUCUCCCCUAAUCUGCAUUGGAUGUGCUCAUAAAUGCGCUGCUACUUACAGAAUGUUUCAGAGAUACCAAGUUAUGGUACUGCUUGCAUUUCAUCAAAUGCUCGCAGUCAAACAGCCAAUAAUACCGCGCACCUUCCUGAGUUUGACUGCGUUCUCACCUGCAGUGAACUGCACCAUGGUACGAAUGGAAUCCCCCUUACAAAGACUGGUUGUGCCUAGGCUCUUAAGACAUAGAUUGAUGAGAAAGUUAGACAGUCGGAUAAUGACAGAUGAUACUGUACUGUGCCAAUCAGACAUCUUUGAAUGAAGCGGAGAGAAGGACACAUUGAUGGCUGGUGAGUUAAAGGAAAACUCCACCCAAAAACUAUCUUUUGGUAUUUGUUUCAUUAGUCCAUUGUUGAUAUAACCCCAAAAUGAUUUUCAUGUCAACAAUCAAGUUUUCAAGAUGCAUAACUUUCAAAAUACAGAAAUACAGCUGGUAUGAUGCAUUUUGCAUCAUAUGGUUCUGCGUUUUGAGCAAGUGCAUAGGAGAGGGUUUUAGGAAGCUAGAGAGGAGAGCUGUAAGGCAAAGCUCUCUGUUUGCUGCUGUUUGUUGCCAUCUCCUGGGUGACAUGGUUUGGCUGGGUGACGUAACCCCUAGGUCAAAACCCUCAACUGGCAUCCGUGACUUCCUGAAAAGCCAAAUCCACCACUAAACACCAGGCCAAGUGGUUUUAGGGCUCUUCUACCCUGUUGCACGAGUGUGUGUGUCCCACAUGGCACCCUAUUCCCUAUAUAGUGCACUGCUUUUGACCAGUAGUGCACUAUGCACGGAACAGGGUGCCCUUUGGAAUGCAGCCACUGUAUCCACCCACCAGCCAACCGCCUCUAGCUGCCAUGUGCUAUGCUACAGUGCCACCACUGCUAUGUACCAUUCCCUCAUCACAUUCACAACACAUGGGUCCCAUUUGAUGUUGAGCAGUGCUGAAGUCUGUGCGCUCUCUGCUCUGCUCUGUGCUUUCAUGGCAAUGACAGCUGCUUUAAAUGAGAGAAGGCGUUUUAGUUAACAUAUGUCUGUGGAUUCUUCUCAGUCCCUUUCCCUCCACAGCAGAGAGCCUGUAGUGUUCCUGUCAAACUGUCUCUCCUCUCUGUGUCCGACCAGGCCUGUCGUCACCUAUGGUCAAACAACCCUAGCUGUGUGUCUGUGUCACCAACGCUUCAGAGAGGACCCUUACUCCUUUGGAAGACAAGCUGUUUAGACAGCACUGUCUGCAUGGUCUGGAUCUAUACUGCAUGGCUGCGUCCCAAAUGGCACCCUAUUUCCUUUUAUAGUGCUCAAAAGUAGUGCAUUAUAUAUUUUAUACACUGCUCAAAAAAAUAAAGGGAACACUAAAAUAACACAUCCUAGAUCUGAAUGAAUGAAAUAAUCUUAUUAAAUACUUUUUUCUUUACAUAGUUGAAUGUGCUGACAACAAAAUCACACAAAAAUGAUCAAUGGAAAUCAAAUGUAUCAACCCAUGGAGGUCUGGAUUUGGAGUCACCCUCAAAAUUAAAGUGGAAAACCACACUACAGGCUGAUCCAACUUUGAUGUAAUGUCCUUAAAACAAGUCAAAAUGAGGCUCAGUAGUGUGUGUGGCCUCCACGUGCCUGUAUGACCUCCCUACAACGCCUGGGCAUGCUCCUGAUGAGGUGGCGGAUGGUCUCCUGAGGGAUCUCCUCCCAGACCUGGACUAAAGCAUCCGCCAACUCCUGGACAGUCUGUGGUGCAACGUGGCGUUGGUGGAUGGAGCGAGACAUGAUGUCCCAGAUGUGCUCAAUUGGAUUCAGGUCUGGGGAAUGGGCGGGCCAGUCCAUAGCAUCAAUGCCUUCCUCUUGCAGGAACUGCUGACACACUCCAGCCACAUGCGGUCUAGCAUUGUCUUGCAUUAGGAGGAACCCAGGGCCAACCGCACCAGCAUAUGGUCUCACAAGGGGUCUGAGGAUCUCAUCUUGGUACCUAAUGGCAGUCAGGCUACCUCUGGCGAGCACAUGGAGGGCUGUGCAGCCCCCCAAAUAAAUGCCACCCCACACCAUGACUGACCCACCGCCAAACCGGUCAUGCUGGAGGAUGUUGCAGGCAGCAGAACGUUCUCCACGGCGUCUCCAAUCUGUCACGUCUGUCACAUGUGCUCAGUGUGAACCUGUUUGAGCAGACACAUGCACAUUUGUGGCCUGCUGGAGGUCAUUUUGCAGGGCUCUGGCAGUGCUCCUCCUGCUCCUCCUUGCACAAAGGCGGAGGUAGCAGUCCUGCUGCUGGGUUGUUGCCCUCCUACGGCCUCCUCCACGUCUCCUGAUGUACUGGCCUGUCUCCUGGUAGCGCCUCCAUGCUCUGGACACUACGCUGACAGACACAUCAACCUUCUUGCCACAGCUCGCAUUGAUGUGCCAUCCUGGAUGAGCUGCACUACCUGAGCCACUUGUGUGGGUUGUUGACUCCGUCUCAUGCGACCACUAGAGUGAAAGCACCUCCAGCAUUCAAAAGUGACCAAAACAUCAGCCAGGAAGCAUAGGAACUGAGAAGUGGUCUGUGGUCACCACCUGCAAAACCAGUCCUUUAUUGGGGGGUGUCUUGCUAAUUGCCUAUAAUUUCCACCUGUUGUCUAUUCCAUUUGCACAACAGCAUGUGAAAUGUAUUGUCAAUCAGUGUUGCUUCCUAAGUGGACAGUUUGAUUUCACAGAAGUGUGAUUGACUUGGAGUUACAUUGUGUUGUUUAAGUGUUCCCUUUAUUUUUUUGAGCAGUGUAUUAUUUAACUAUUAUUUUGACAGGGAGUCAAUGCUGAGACCAAGGUCUAUUUUCCUGAUGAGCCCUGUAUAGCACCACAAUAUACAUAAAAAUACAAUAAACACAUUAAACUACACAUUACAAUACACAACAAAAAAUAGCAAAACACAAUAAUAAAAAAUAGUCUGAAAUGCCCUAGAGGCACCAAUUCUUCCAAUUCUAAAGUGUAUUGUAGAUCAUUUCACAUGUAAGGUGCAAAAAAACUAAAAUCAGAUCUACCCAACUCAGUAGAGAUGGAAGUGAUCUCCAGAGUUAUCCAUCCCUGAGCCCGGGUCCGGUAGCCCGUACAUCUAUAGGUUAAUAAUGAGGUAAGGUACGGCGGAAGUUUAUGCAAGAGGGCUUUAUAGACAAAAAGAGCGCAAUGCAUCGAUCUACAAGACUUCAAGGAGGGCCAGCCCACAUUCUGAUACAAAAUGCAAUGAUGUGUACUGAACCCAUCACCCAUAAUUAAGCGCAAUGCGCUAUGAUAAACUGUGUCCAAUGACUUCAAUACAAUGGCAGCUGCAUUCAUAUAAACGUAUAUAGGGAAUAGGGUGCCAUUUGGGACCAUAUAUGAAUGCUGUACACCUCAUUCUAUACCAUUGUCAUGCAUAUUAUGCUCAUAAGCUACUACAUAUGCAACAAUAUACGCUACAUUCUAACCCAAAACUCUACACACAUCACAGAGCUUAUUCUCUCUUUGUUUACGUCAAAUAUUGAACCCAUGACUAUCCAGGGUAUUUUCCACUGAAGUCCUAUAGGGAAUAGGGUGCCAUUUGGGAUGCAACCAUAGUCAUUUCUCUCCAUUGGGAAGGGCUGUGGGAUCUAUGCUAGUAUGCAGGUCUGACAUGCAAUGAUAAUUCAGUAAGGCUGAAACAGUGCCUAUAGAGCCGUUACCUCUCUUCCCCCCUCGCAGAGAUCAUGUUUACCAAUGAGUCCAUCAGCAGCCCGAUUCUCCCUGCCGUCUCCCUGUCCCUGUAUUCCUAUCAAUCUCUCUCCCUCCACUUCUCUCCUUCACCCGUUCCUGUCUGUCUGUUUUAGCACUUCUCUCUACUUUUUCUCCUCCUUCAGCCCCUCUAUCUCCAACUCUUUCCAUCUUUUCUGUCUCUUUUCCUCCCUAGUCGUCACAUAGCUCCUUACCACUGACUGUUUGUAAUAGUGUGUGAGAUUCGUAUACAUGUUUAUGACUCUUCUGUGUGUACUGUGUAGGUGACGUCAGACUGGUCACUGCAGCAGGGCACGGGCUGUACUGACGGGCACACGGGCACCUCGGCGGCAGCGCCCCUGGCGGCUGGCAUGGUGGCGCUGAUGCUGCAGGUCCGGCCCUGUCUCACCUGGAGAGACGUGCAGCACAUCAUCACCUACACAGCCACACAGGUACAAUGUGCCAUUCAGAGGGUGAAUGCCUUUGAAUGUGGAAUGGUACUAGGUGCCAGGCGCACCGGUUUGUGUCAAGAACUGCAACGCUGCUGGGUUUUUCACGCUCAACAGUUUCCUGUGUGUCUCAAGAAUGGUCCACCACCCAAAGGACACCCAGCCAACUUCACACAACUGUGGAGUCAACAUGGGCCGGCAUCCAUAUGGAACGCUUUUGACACCUUGUAGAGUCCAUGCUCCGACGAAUUGAGGCUGUUCUGAGGGAAAAGGGGGGAUGCAACUCAAUAUUAGGAAGGUGUUCCUAAUGUUUGGUAGACUGAGUGUAUGUUUAUUAAAGUAGUAAAAAGUGAAGUAUUUGGUCCCAUUCAUAGUAUGCAAUGACUACAUCAAGCUUGUGACUCUACACAUUUGUUGGAUGCUUUUGCUGUUUGUUUUGAUUGUGUUUCAGAUUAUUUUGUGCCCAAUAGAAAUGAAUGGUAAAUAAUGUAUUGUGUCAUUUUAUUGUAAAUAAGAAUAUAAUAUGUUUCUAAACACUUCUACAUUAAUUUGGAUGCUACCCUGAUUACGGAUAAUUCUGAAUGAAUCGUGAAUAAUGAUGAGUGAGAAAGUUAGAGGCACAAAUAUCAUACCACCUAGACAUGCUAACCUCUCACCAUUACAAUAACGGGAGGUUAGCAAUUUUGGGAGGGGUAUGAUAUUUGUCCCAAUACUUUUGGUCCCCUAAAAUGGAAGGACUAAGGACAAAAAGUGCUGUAAUUUCUAAACGGUUCACCCGAUACGGAUGAAAAUACCCUCAAAUUCAAGCUGACAGUCUGCACUUUAACCUCAUAGUCAUUGUAUCAUUUCAAAUCCAAAGUGAUGGAGUACAAAGAAAGAAAUGUAUGACUCACCUUUAUGUACUGUGUCAUUAAUCACUGCUACACAGGCACAUACAGUUCCUAAUUGAGUGUGUGUGUGUGUGUGUUUCUGUAGUAUGAUGUGCAAGGGGACUGGAAAAUCAAUGGCGCUGGCUUCCACCACAGUCACCAGCACGGCUUCGGCCUGCUCAACGCCUGGAGGCUGGUCAACGCUGCCAAGGUACCACUCCACCUCACCCACUCCCUUCCUAAUGUCUCAGCAGCACACUAAUGUCAAGCUUAACCAACUACACUACUGAUACAGUAAGGAGUGGUAGGGAUUUUCUUUCAGCUAAGUCAAUAUUCUGCUCAUUUAAAAAAGACUGAAGGUAUACAUGUGGAAAGUCUGUUUUUUUUUUUUUUUUUUUUUGUGUGUGUAUUAAUCAGGUGUGGGAGAUGGUGCCAUUCCUAGUGUCCUAUCAGAGCCCAGUGCUGAAGGAGGAGGAGCUUAUCCCAGCCUAUCCGGAGCAACUCAAUCUAACCUGGAACGGUUGGUAGCGUUUGUGUGUGUGUGUGUGUGAGAGAGAGAGAGAAUGAGCAAGCAAGCGAGUCUCAUAAUAUGCAAGUCUGAAUAUUUGCUGUUUCUCUUCUCUCUGUUAGUGCUCUCCAGAGAGAACCUCCCAACAGGCAAUCAGCAGUCUGCCCUUAUUAGGCAAUGUUCUUCAGAGUCUCUCUGUCACUGGGCACACUGACUAAACUAUGGAGGAGAGAACACAUCCCUACGUUCCCUCCCCUCCCCUCCCUUACCCUACCCUCUCUCUUUAUCUGUAUUUCUCUCUCUUCCUCUCUCCCUCUCUUACACACACACACAGUGACCUCAUCACAGCAGAGAUAUCUGUAUUCCUCCCUCUGUUCUUCUCUCUUUUCUGGCCUCCCUAUCGCCUCCUGGCCCAGCGUAUGCAGCCUGUGUGUUGCCUGUUCUGUGGUCAGGAGCAGAGCCAGAAGCAGUGUGUUUCCCUGCUGCAGCACAGCCCUUUGUGUGUGUCCAGUUUCACGUGACUAGGGUUUCUAAGGACAAAGCAGUGGAAGAGUUGCUGACAAAGGCUAAAUGUUUUAGUUCCAAGUGAAACAUGUGUUUUGAAUUAAUGAAAUUCGAGAUGUAAAUCGACUUUGUAUUUAUACAUGGAAAUUCUAUUUCCAUUCAUUGAAAAGUAAGCUAGUUUUGUUUAUUCCCAACGAUACAUGAAGCAGGUUGUUGUGUUUAACUACUCAAUCGCUAGGCUAUUUGUUGACCUUGUUGCUAUGUGUUUUGGCCGGUCCGUUAGCUUAAGGUCCAGCGGUUAGUAUGAGCACUAUUUCCUUCCCAUGUGAAAAGGGAAGACGAGAGUUCCGAUGUUCAGUCCCAAACGUUAGAUUCCCAAAAGAUAGGGGUGUGUUAUUAUUGAAAAGAAAAACAGUUGUUAAAAGUGCAAAAAGUUUAAAAAUGUCUAAGAUGUUUGAGCUAAAUGUCAGGAGAGGAAUGUAUGGGGUGCACGCCAGGCCAAACUGUGGCUCCCAAAUGGCACUCUUUUCUUAUAGUGCACUACUUUUUACCUGGGCUCCUCUGAUCCAAAGUAAUGCAAAUAUGUAGGGAAACGGGUGCCAUUUGGGAUGCAGACAAAUCACUGGCUUAUUUAUCUUCCCUUGUUCCUUGUGUGUGUCUCAGAGGGAGAGAAUAAUAUUCACAGAGCAUAGCCAGAGCCUUUGGCAUGAUAUUUACCAUCCAUUUACUGCCAUUGUAUUGAUUUAGCUUUAUUGAGAUGAUUAUGCAGACCUAGAUAUUGGUGAAAAAGAUUGUAUCAUUUCAGAGCUGGAGCAUUUGUGUUGCAACAAGUUUGUGCUUGAUUUAAUACCAAACUUUUAUGAGAAGGCAGUAACACACUCUUAAGACCCACAAGUCGUGAUGUUUUUUUAUUUUAUUUUAUUUCACCUUUAUUUAACCAGGUAAGCCAGUUGAGAACAAGUUCUCAUUUACAACUGCGACCUGGCCAAGAUAAAGCAAAGCAGUGCGAUUAAAAACAACAACACAGAGUUGCAUGUGGAUGAAGAGUGAGAUUCUCAUCAAAGGUCACUGUCUGUGUGGGAGGGUCUCUGAGGAACUCUUACGAGUCCUGUACGUUUGGAAGAAGAUGGCUGGACUCCAAGAAGUCCCCCCCCCCCCCCCCCCCCCAAUCCUACUCUACCCCUCUUUCUGCCCUCCUUCACCACCAGUCUCUCUCCCUCCACACCUUUGUAUGUCCCUCUCUCUUCCUCUACUUCCUUGGCCUGGGGAAGGGUUUUUCCCUACAUGGUAAUGGAGCAUUAAGGCCCAUUAGCAAACAGGGGGCGAGGAAAUGCCAGUGAAUUAGAGUACGCUGCAGGUCAGGAAUCCAGAGAGAAAGGGAAGAGGGUGACUCCGCUGUGAGGGACUACAAGUCUGUCUGCUCUUUGUGCAUAUUCUAUGACUGAGACAUAUUGUAUUCCUCUGGGGUGGGUGGGUGCACGUUUUACUACACUUGUGAGUACCAGAAGUCCUCACAAUAAUUAGCUGUAGAAUAUCAGCAAGAGAGCCAUUGCACAGUGGAUGGUGUAGUGAAACUGUUGAAGGCUUCGGGGGGGGGGGGGGGGGGGGGGGGUCUGGGAAUGUCUGAGGCGUGUCUGGAACAGAUGCAUAUACAAAAUACAGUUUCAUACUAAAUGGAAUGUCUUUAUAUGGCCUUUAAUUAAGAUUGGACCUAUGGGCUACCAGAGUAAAGGUCAAUCAAUUGUGUCCAUAGCCGACCCUUCACUGUUAUAUGUAGUUUUCAUUGGCUCAUCUGCUCUCCUCCUCACUCUGCCAUUCCUAUAGAAGGACAUACAGUGGGGAAAAAAUGUAUUUAGUCAGCCACCAAUUGUGCAAGUUCUCCCACUUAAAAAGAUGAGGCCUGUAAUUUUCAUCAUAGGUACAUGUCAACUAUGACAGACAAAAUGAGAAACAAAAUCACAUUGUAGAAUUUUUAAUGAAUUUAUUUGCAAAUUAUGGUGGAAAAUAAGUAUUUGGUCAAUAACAAAAGUUUCUCAAUACUUUGUUAUAUACCCUUUGUUGGCAAUGACACAGGUCAAACGUUUUCUGUAAGUCUUCACAAGGUUUUCACACACUGUUGCUGGUAAUUUGGCCCAUUCCUCCAUGCAGAUCUCCUCUAGAGCAGUGAUGUUUUGGGGCUGUCGCUGGGCAACACGGACUUUCAACUCCCUCCAAAGAUUUUCUAUGGGGUUGAGAUCUGGAGACUGGCUAGGCCACUCCAGGACCUUGAAAUGCUUCUUAUGAAGCCACUCCUUCGUUGCCCGGGCGGUGUGUUUGGGAUCAUUGUCAUGCUGAAAGACCCAGCCACGUUUCAUCUUCAAUGCCCUUGCUGAUGGAAGGAGGUUUUCACUCAAAUCUCACGAUACAUGGCCCCAUUCAUUCUUUCCUUUACACGGAUCAGUCGUCCUGGUCCCUUUGCAGAAAAACAGCCCCAAAGCAUGAUGUUUCCACCCUCAUGCGUCAGACCACUGUGGCGCAGUGGUCUAAGGCACUGCAUUGCAGUGCUAACUGUGCCACUAGAGAUCCUGGUUCGAAUCCAGGCUCUGUCGCAGCCGGCCGCGACCGGGAGACUCAUGGGCGGCGCACAAUUGGCCCAGCGUCGUCCAGGGUAGGGGAGGGAAUGGCCGGCAGGGAUGUAGCUCAGUUGAUAGAGCUGGCGUUUGCAACGCCAGGAUUGUGGGUUCGAUUCCCACGGGGUGACAGUAUAAAAAAAUAUGUAUUCACUAAUUGUAAGUCGCUCUGGAUAAGAGCGUCUGCUAAAUGACUAAAAAUGUUAAAAAAAAAAAAAAUGUGUUCUUUAAUUGCAACUCAGCAUUCUUUGUCCUCCAAACACGACGAGUUGAGUUUUUACCAAAAAGUUCUAUUUUGGUUUCAUCUGACCAUAUGACAUUCUCCCAAUCCUCUUCUGGAUCAUCCAAAUGCACGCUAGCAAACUUCAGACGGGCCUGGACAUGUACUGGCUUAAGCAGGGGGACACGUCUUGCACUGCAGGAUUUGAGUCCUUGGCGGCGUAGUGUGUUACUGAUGGUAGGCUUUGUUACUUUGGUCCCAGCUCUCUGCAGGUCAUUCACUAGGUCCCUCCGGUGGUUCUGGGAUUUUUGCUCACCGUUCUUGUGAUCAUUUUGACCCCACGGGGUGAGAUCUUGCGUGGAGCCCCAGAUCGAGGGAGAUUAUCAGUGGUCUUGUAUGUCUUCCAUUUCCUAAUAAUUGCUCCCACAGUUGACUUCUUGAAACCAAGCUGCUUACCUAUUGCAGAUUCAGUCUUCCCAGCCUGGUGCAGGUCUACAAUUUUGUUUCUGGUGUCCUUUGACAGCUCUUUGGUCUUGGCCAUAGUGGAGUUUGGAGUGUGACUGUUUGAGGUUGUGGACAGGUGUCUUUUAUACUGAUAACAAGUUCAAACAGGUGCCAUUAAUACAGGUAACGAGUGGAGGACAGAGGAGCCUCUUAAAGAAGAAGUUACAGGUCUGUGAGAGCCAGAAAUCUUGCUUGUUUGUAGGUGACCAAAUACUUAUUUUCCACCAUAAUUUGCAAAUAAAUUCAUAAAAAAUCCUACAAUGUGAUUUUCUGGGAAAAAAAUUCUCAAUUUGUCUGUCAUAGUUGACGUGUACCUAUGAUGAAAAUUACAGGCCUCUCUCAUCUUUUUAAGUGGGAGAACUUGCACAAUUGGUGGCUGACUAAAUACUUUUUUCCCCCACUGUAUAGUAAUUUAUUAGGAUAUCUGUGCUCCUCUCACCCCAGUGACUGCAGCUGACCUCAGGCAGUCCGGAAUGCAGACCUUGGAGCAUGUGUCUGUCACUUUGACACUGGCCCAUACUCGCCGCGGCAAUGUGGAGAUCAUGCUGCUCUGCCCCAGUGGCAUGACCUCACUCAUCGGGGCGCGCCGUACUCUGGAUACGUGAGUUUGCGCAUGCACACACAUAAAAGUUUAUUGGUCGCGUACACAUAUUUGCGUAUGUUAUCGCAGGUGCAGCGAAAUGCUUGUUUCUAGCUCCAACAGUGCAGUAAUAACAGAUACAGUUGAAGUCGGAAGGUUACAUACACCUUAGCCAAAUACAUUUAAACUCAGUUUUUCACAAUUCCUAACAUUUAAUCCUAGUAAAAAUUCCCUGCCUUAGGUCAGUUAGGAUCACUACUUUAUUUUAAGAAUGUGAAAUGUCAGAAUAAUAGUAGAGAGAAUUAUUUAUUUAAGCUUGUAUUUCUUUAAUCACAUUCCCAGUGGGUCAGAAGUUUGCAUACUCUCAAUUAGUAUUUGGUAGCAUUUCCUUUAAAUUGUUUACCUUGGGUCAAACGUUUCGGGUAGCCUUCCACACGCUUCCCACAAUAAAUUGGGUGAAUUUUGGCCCAUUCCUCCUGACAGAGCUGGUGUAACAGAGUCAGGUUUGUAGGCCUCCUUGCUCGCACACGCCUUUUCAGUUCUGCCCACAAAUGUUCUAUACGAUGAGGUCAGGGCUUUGUGAUGGCCACUCCAAUACCUUGACUUUGUUGUCCUUAAGCCAUUUUGCUACAACUUUGGAAGUAUGCUUGGGGUCAUUGUCCAUUUUGAAGACCCAUUUGCGACCAAGCUUUAACUUCCUGACUGAUGUCUUGAGAUGUUGCUUCAAUAUAUCCACAUAAUUUUCCUUCCUCAUGAUGCCAUCUAUUUUGUGAAGUGCACCAGUCCCUCCUGCAGCAAAGCACCCCCACAGCAUGAUGCUGCCACCCCCGUGCUUCACGGUUGGGAUGGUGUUCUUCGGCUUGAAAGUUCCCCCUUUUUCCUCCAAACAUAACGAUGGUCAUUAUGGCCAAACAGUUCUAUUUUUGUUUCAUCAGACCAGAGGACAUUUCUCCAAAAAGUACGAUCUUUGGCCCCAUGUGCAGUUGCAGACCAUAGUCUGGCUUUUUUAUGGUUGUUUUGGAGCAGUGGCUUCUUCCUUGCUGAGCGGCUUUUCAGGUUAUGUCGAUAUAGGACUCGUUUUACUGUGGAUAUAGAUACUUUUGUACCCGUUUCCUCCAGCACCUUCACAAGGUCCUUUCUUGUUGUUCUGGGAUUGAUUUGCACUUUUCGCACCAAAGUACGUUCAACUCUAGGAGACAGAACGCGUCUCCUUCCUGAGCGGUAUGAGGCUGCGUGGUCCCAUGGUGUUUAUACUUGCGUACUAUUGUUUGUACAGAUGAACGUGGUACCUUCAGGCGCUUGGAAAUUGCUCCCAAGGAUGAACCAGACUUGUAGAGGUCUACAAUUGUUUUUCUGAGGUCUUGGCUGAUUUCUUUUGAUUUUCCCAUGAUGUCAAGCAAAGAGGCACUGAAUUUGAAGGUAGGCCUUGAAAUACAUCCACAGGUACACCUCCAAUUGACUCAAAUGAUGUCAAUUAGCCUAUCAGAAGCUUCUAAAGCCAUGACAUCAUUUUCUGGAAUCUUCCAAGCUGUUUAAAGGCACAGUCAACUUAGUGUAUGUACAUUUCUGACCCACUGGAAUUGUGAUACAGUGAAUUGUAAAUGAAAUAAUCUGUCUGUUGGAAAAAUUACUUGUAUCAUGCACAAAGUAGAUGUCCUAACCGACUUGCCAAAACUAUAGUUUGUUAACAAGAAAUGUGUGGUGUGGUUGAAAAACAAGUUUUAAUGACUCCAACCUACAGUGAGGGAAAAAAGUAUUUGAUCCCCUGCUGAUUUUGUAAGUUUGCCCACUGACAAAGAAAUGAUCAGUCUAUAAUUUUAAUGGUAGGUUUAUUUGAACAGUGAGAGACAGAAUAACAACAACAAAAUCCAGAAAAACGCAUGUCAAAAACGUUAGAAAUUGAUUUGCAUUUUAUUGAGGGAAAUAAGUAUUUGACCCCCUCUCAAUCAGAAAGAUUUCUGGCUCCCAGGUGUCUUUUAUACAGGUAACGAGCUGAGAUUAGGAGCACACUCUUAAAGGGAGUGCUCCUAAUCUCAGUUUGUUACCUGUAUAAAAUACACCUGUCCACAGAAGCAAUCAAUCAAUCAGAUUCCAAACUCUCCACCAUGGCCAAGACUAAAGAGCUCUCCAAGGAUGUCAGGGACAAGAUUGUAGACCUACACAAGGCUGGAAUGGGCUACAAGACCAUCGCCAAGCAGCUUGGUGAGAAGGUGACAACAGUUGGUGCGAUUAUUCGCAAAUGGAAGAAACACAAAAGAACUGUCAAUCUCCCUCGGCCUGGGGCUCCAUGCAAGAUCCCAUCAGAGGAGAACUGGGUGAAAGUGUUGUGGUCAGAUGAGACCAAAAUUGAUCUCUUUGGCAUCAACUCAACUCGCCGUGUUUGGAGGAGGAGGAAUGCAGCAUAUGACCCCAAGAACACCAUCCCCACCGUCAAACAUGGAGGUGGAAACAUUAUGCUUUGGGGGUGUUUUUCUGCUAAGGGGACAGGACAACUUCACCGCAUCAAAGGGACGAUGGACGUGGCCAUGUACCGUCAAAUCUUGGGUGAGAACCUCCUUCCCUCAGCCAGGGCAUUGAAAAUGGGUCGUGGAUGGGUAUUCCAGCAUGACAAUGACCCAAAACACACAGCCAAGGCAACAAAGGAGUGGCUCAAGAAGAAGCACAUUAAGGUCCAGGAGUGGCCUAGCCAGUCUCCAGACCUUAAUCCCAUAGAAAAUCUGCGGAGGGAGCUGAAGGUUCGAGUUGCCAAACGUCAGGCUCGAAACCUUAAUGGCUUGGAGAAGAUCUGCAAAGAGGAGUGGGACAAAAUCCCUCCUGAGAUGUGUGCAAACCUGGUGGCCAACUACAAGAAACGUCUGACCUCUGUGAUUGCCAACAAGGGUUUUGCCACCAAGUACUAAGUAAUGUUUUGCAGAGGGGUCAAAUACUUAUUUCCCUCAUUAAAAUGCAAAUACAUUUAUAACAUUUUUUACAUGCGUUUUUCUGUAUUUUUUUUUUGUUAUUCUGUCUCUCACUGUUCAAAUAAACCUACCAUUAAAAUUAUAGACUGAUCAUGUCUUUGUCAGUGGGCAAACGUACAAAAUCAGCAGGGGAUCAAAUACUUUUUUCCCUCACUGUAAGUGUAUGUAAACUUCAACAGUAUGUACACACACAGAUUUAUACACUGGUUUUAGUUUUACAUUUCUUCACUUACUCUUAAUUGUUUGGGGCAUAAUGUAUAACACUCACCCCCAUUUAUUAGCAUCCUUGCCUCUGUCCUGUUGUGUGUCACUCCAGGGAUACCUCGGGUUACUCAGAUUGGACGUUUUCCACUGUGCGCUGCUGGGGAGAGAGAGCCGAGGGCCAGUACAGGCUGCAAGUCUCUGACCACAGUAAGGGUCAGUCUCUCUCUGUCUGUCAUUCACCUGCGUUCCACUGACUACUACAUGACCACAGCUACACUAUAAGCUCUCUCCUGCUCAUUCAGUCUUCAUCUCUUUCUCCCCCCCCCUAUCUCUCUGUCUCUGUUCCCUCUCUGUCUCUGUUCCCUCUGUCUCUGUUCCCUCUCUGUCCCUCUCUCUGUCUCUGUUCCCUCUCUGUCCCUCUCUCUCUGUCUCUUUCUUUCUUUCUUUUAGAAGAGCCUGCGUUGCCGCUGGGCUCUCUGAAGCACUGGAAGCUCACUCUGUACGGCUCCUCUCUGUCCUUCGAAGAGGUCAAGGAGAGACAGAGGUCAGGAGACACACAUCACUGUUAAAAGAGCAGCCUGGGUUAUAUAAAUAGAAAAUAUGUGUAAAAGUAAAAAAUAUAUUAUGUGUUUCUGGAUCCUCUAUUUUUAAAGGAAAGUGAUGUUUUGUCAUUGGCGUUCCCUUAGUGGAUGUGAGCAUUGAUUGUUUGUGUGUUUUGAUUGACAGUGUGGUGGAGGAGGCUAUGGGAGGGCAGUAUCUGGACAGCAGUUUCUCCCUGCCCUGUCCUGCAGGCAUGGACAUCCCCCCUGAGAUGGUCAGCCCGUUCACCUCCAACAGCCUCAAGGUAUGUUACACACACACACACACACACACACACACAAUAUGCCUCAUUUAGUAAUUUCCUCCCCUCUCUCAUCACCAUGUCUCUGUGUAGUCUCUGCUACUGCUGGGCUGCUUCGCUCUCUUCUGGUCCCUGUACUACACCCUGGAGGUGACCCUGGCCAACCUGGACUUUAGGGGGCUGUGUCGGCGUGGCAGGGGGACGCGGGGCUCCCGCGGGGGCCGGGGGAGGGGCACUGGAACUCUGGGGGACAGCUCUGAGCUGGAGAUGCAGAGCGUGUUGGACUCAGAGGAGAAGUUGCCCUUCAUCACUGGAGACGCUGCCACAUAA